AUGCCUCAAUCUAUAUAUUCUCUACCUUCCGAUUAUACCGAAGAUAAUCCAUUUACAAAACGGGAAAUCACCUUUUUCGCAUUUAUUUAUACAAUUUCUGUUAUUUUACUAAUUUGCAUGUAUGAAUAUUUGAUGCCAGUUAUUAAUAAUCCAACAUAUCCACAUUAUAAUCGUGUUCCUUCUUAUGAAAUUCAUAAAACACCCAAAUAA